AUGGGUGCGUCAAACACUUCUUCGAAUCCAGAGACAGCAAGCGUAUUUGAAUGGCUGUCAGGAAUUCCAGGCUUUGUAUUCAAUCCGAAACUCAAAAUGAUGGGCAAAAAAAUCUACGUUGACGGGGAGCUAGACAAAUCGGAAGUUCUAAUGGUGAUUCCAGGUGAAGCUAUUAUAGACAGGGACGAAUACGAGGACAAUGAUGAUCCUCUCUGUACCAUGCUCCAUGUCUUGUCCCAGGAAAUCGAACUUGGAGACGAGUCAAGCCAUGCGGCCUACAUAAAUCACAUUUUAGAAAUGGAUGCCGAUGAUGCCAAAUUGCCUGCCAUGUGGUCAAAUGUUGGAAAGCGACUCUACGAAACUAUAGGAAUCAAGUCAUUUCGUCUUCAUCGGCAUCUGGUAUGGAGAAUGCUUCCACAGCACGUCACAAAAUGGAUUCGUGACUACGAAGGCUGUUUUGAGGUAAUCGAUGAUAUGAAGCAUCAAGAUGAGAAUCAAGAUUUUACCGAAGAAGAUGUGCUAGCUGAAGACGAGGACGAUGAUGACGAAGCGUUGAUGCUGGGCACUCUGUCAGAAGCGAUGUUGUCGCACAUUCGCCUACUCUCCUUGGCUGCCAAGCACCAAGUCGACCUAUUUUCGUACAUACCACUCUACGACCAAAUCGAUCAUCAUCACGUCGAGCAAAAUGUACAGCACCAAGUGCAAGGUGACGAGUCCAUCGCGAUUGUUGCGACGAGGCGGAUAUCCAAAGGAGAGACUCUCAACCGACCAACGCAGGCAUGCCUUUCCGAUUGCGAGGAAGAGCAACAGCCCACGGUCCUUGACACCUUGAGGACAUUUGGAGAGGUUCAGAGCUACCCUCAUUACUGGCACUUUCCCUUUGGUGUUUCGUUUAUCUUCAACGGAAGCAGGGACAUUGCAAUGACAGGUAGUGCGGGCGUCGCGCAACCAACCUUGCAGUGGAUCAAUCCGCUGGAAAAAGAAUGGCAGUUCUCAUUGUUAAACCGAGAAUAUGGACGUCAGAUUGACUUGUACUGGGAAGAAAUCAUGCCAUCCCGUGAAUGGGUCCCAGAGGAGGAAUGGGAAGUAAUUUGGGCUCUAUCUAAAUCCUUGAUCGAUGCUUUGGAAUUUGCUGUCAUUGACGCGGAAGAGCUGCUAAAACUAAAGGAUAAGGAACGUGGCAGCGACGUACCAGUAGGCAAAGAAGAUGAAGCCAACAGCGACGAAAAGUGUUCCAAUCCUGCCUUGACGGAAGAGGCCAGUGCCACAGAAGAAAGCAAAACUGGAACGCCGGGCAUUCAGGAAGAGAGAAUAUCUCAAGCGUCUGCAAGAGAUCCUUGGGCAAUAAAAGGAUGCAAGAGCGACCAAUGUGAUAUUUAUGAGCUCAAUGCUGCUCGGGGUUGCGGGAGUCACGCCUACAGUACCAUUCAUAAUGAGACAUCAUGGGUUCAUAUGCGUGCUGCAUACAUCGCCACGGUAGGUCCACGACAGUCAACGAUCAAGUCAGCACUCGGCUCUGGAAUGCAGGUGGGAUACAAAAUUGGACACUCACCCGGACGAGGGCGAGGUGUUUACACCACAGAGAGAAUACCAAAAGGAACCAUUGUUUGGAAAGCCGAAUACACUGCUGCAUUCUCUACUGGGAUUCAGUAUCGAAAGUUUCUAGCUUCCCUACCUGAUGUUUUAGCUUGUGAUAUGAUCAAUUGGUGUUAUACCUCGAAGGACGAAGACUCACAAAGUGUUGCCCGAUAUAUUGAAUGCGACUUGGAUGAAGCAUCGCUCUUCAAUUCGUUUGAUGAAAGAGCGGAAUACACGAUAGGGUGCCACGAGUCUUUGGUGGAGAAUUACCCAAAAGAUUGUCUAUCAGUAGUGUUUGCAUUGCGAGACAUAGAGAAAUUUGAAGAACUGGUCACAGAUUACAACGAAUUUUCUCUAGCUGAAUGGUCUCAUUUUGGGUUGUAA